AUGAAAAACUCUACACAGGUUUCAUAUUUCACUUUAGGAGCAUACUUUGAUAUUGGACUCUUUAAAUACUUACUGUUUGUGAUCAUGAUGUGUGUUUAUGUUUUAACAGUGUGUGCCAAUGUGCUGCUGGUUGUGGUUAUCUGUGUGAACAGGAGCUUACAUGAACCUAUGUACCUUUUUCUGGUCAGCCUGUUUGUAAAUGAACUGUAUGGUAGUACAGGGUUGUUUCCAUUCCUUCUGGUUCAGAUCUUCUCGGACAUUCACACUGUUUCUGCUCCCUUCUGCUUCCUGCAGAAUUUCUGCUUGCAUACUUAUGCAAAUGUACAGUUUUACAAUCUAGCUGUGAUGUCUUAUGACAGAUAUCUUGCUAUCUGUUAUCCUCUGCAGUAUCACACUCGUAUGAAGUCUAACAAGGUAGCUGUGUUUAUUGUUCUAUCAUGGUUAUUCCCUCUUCUUGCAAUUGUUGUCAUGAUAUCAUUGAGUUCCUCCUUACCGCUGUGUGGGAACCAUAUUGACAGAGUGUUCUGCAACAACUACGCUAUCGUGAAACUGGCCUGCUCUGACACCACAGUCAAUAACAUCUAUGGACUCAUUUACACUUUCAUUGUUCUAUUUGGUCUUGCAAUACUAAUCUUUUACACCUACAUGAGGAUCCUUAAAGUGUGUUUUUCUGGUUCUAAGCAGACGAGACAGAAAGCUGUCAGCACCUGCACCCCCCACCUCGCUUCCCUCAUCAACUUUUCUUUUGGGUGUUUUUUUGAUGUAAUACAGAGCAGGUUUGACAUGGGGGGUGCACCCAUUAUGUUGCGCAUUUUUGUAUCUUUAUAUUUCCUCACCUGCCAACCGCUCUUCAACCCUUUAAUGUACGGGCUAAAUUUGAAAAAAAUCCGCAUCAAAUGUAAAAAUCUCAUCUUUGGUAAAGUGUAA